AUGAGUGUUUUGGGCAAGGGAAGUAGAGGAAAAAUUGAUAAAGAGUGUUUUUCACUUUUUUUGAAUAGUGGAUUUGGAGAAUUUAUUAGGGCUGUCAUCGUUGGACCUCUGGGCACUCCCUACCAUGACGGUCUUUUCUUCUUUGAUUGCUUCUUUCCUGCAAAGUACCCUGCAGUUCCACCGCAAGUUCACUACCACUCAGGUGGCUUGAGGCUAAAUCCAAAUUUAUAUAAUAGUGGGAAAGUCUGCCUUAGUCUCUUAGGUACGUGGCAUGGUAAGAACUGCGAAAACUGGAAUCCAGCUAAAUCAACCAUGCUACAAGUCUUGGUUUCUAUUCAAGCUCUGAUUCUGAAUGAGAAGCCUUUUUUUAAUGAGCCUGGAUAUGCUGAGUCAUAUCGUGCUGAUGAGGGGCAAAGGAGAUCCAAGGAUUACAAUGAUAAUACAUUUGUUUUAUCCUUGAAGACAAUGAUGUAUACACUGCGUAAACCACCUAAGCUUUUUGAGGAAUUUGUUGCGGGACAUUUCCGCCUAAGGGCGAGGAACAUACUGACAGCUUGUAGAUCAUAUGCUGAGGGGGGGCCAGUUGGAGAAGUUUUGCAUAAUGCAGCCCAAAGUAGUCGUAAUGCUAGUGUUUCUGCUAAGAACCAAAAAGAAUUUCAGUCAGCUGUGAAUAGGAUGAUGAAUACCCUUAUUGCAUUUUUCACCAAAAAUGGCUCCACAGACUGCGAAGAAUUUCGAUCUCCUGAGAUUUAUAAUAUAACUCCCGCUGCUGCUACUGCUAACUUGGAAGUUUUCAACAUAGAGAACAACAACAUAACCCAGGUCUGAAGGUCCCAGGCUGGAAGUUUAUGGCGUGAAGGAAGCUUAGGGGGUAUUUUUUUUUAAACAUAGAUGGUUCAGUUUCUUUAUAUCUUUUAUCUUGUAUAGCUCUCCUAGAACAUUUUUUAUUUGACAAGACCAAAAAACUCUGUAUAGAAUUGGCUAAUAUGCAUCUUAAUUUCUAUACUAGAAUUUAUAUGGCUACUAUUUCUACAAUUCCCUCACAAUGGUAUUUCUGUGCGUUGUCAA